AAAACAGCGCCCGUGACGUCAUCAGUGCGCGCUGCUGGGGUUUCGUCGCUGGCCUCUGAAAUGGGCACCAAUCAUCAGCCCUGAUUUCACCGUCGAUUUAUGACAUUAACUCACCAGAAGCCUAAACCUAGAGCUUAGGCAACACCAUGACAUGCCCAGGGAAUGUGAUGGAAGAGCUCAGCGAGAGGUUCCCAGAGCUGAUUGCAGUGGUGCCGUGCUUGUGGCUGUCAGGCCUCGCAUCUCACUAACAUCGUCCACGUGUAAUCCAGAGCAGCAUGAAGCCAGCUCACGAGCGCAAUCAGGAGUGCCUUCCUCCAAAGAAGCGGGACCUUCCGGUUAACAAUGCUUCCAACGUUCCUAACAACAGCAGCAGUAGCAGCAGUAAUACUGGAGGUGGUGGAGGAGGAGGAGAUGAAGCGUUGUCCUUGUCACAAAGCUCCGGAGCGAGUGGAGAAGCUCAGGGUGGAAGCGGAGGCAGCGAAUGGGUCCGGUCUCAACCUAACCUGCAUUACGGUGUAGAAGGGCCGGAGAGCAUGGCCCCGGGAUUAGCUGUGGAUCAGUACAGCAUGCUGUAUAAAGUAGCUGUUCCGUCAGUCACCUACUCACCCACCAGCCUCCAUCCUGUGCUGGGCCACAUUUCUCCAGCCUACACAGUUCCCUCUCAACUCCUCCAGCACACCGGCAUGCAUUACCCUCCUCUCGGCUACGCUCCCAUCCCACAGUUCGUCAGCCCUCCUUACGCCACCGCCGUUCCCUAUGCAGUCCCGCCCGGGUUUGUCCCGAGCUCCCUGAUUCAGGCUCAGUCUCACCUGGUGCCCUAUCCAUCAGUCAUCCAGGAAGGAGUGGUCUCAUCCCCGCCUCAGCACCAAGUGUCUGCUCACACCUACGCCAAGGUGGCAGCUGCUGGAGGCGUCCCAUUGGUGCUGGCGUCGGAACAGGCAGCGACUUCAUCCUCCUCCUCUUCUUCCUCAUCACAGCAGCAAACUUUAGGCACCAUCGGGAUGAUUCCCACGGCGGAUCGCAUCCCAGUCUUCUACCACACGUCGCCCAGCGACCGAACCGUACAGCAUCAAAGCGGCUCAAUGGAGCAGGACCGGGAAGUGAACGGAAGGGAUCGGGAAAACGGCAGGGACUGCAUGCAAGACGUGGUUUAUGUGGUGAGAAACGCAGCGGUGCGGCCACAGCACGGACCAGCUAUGGACCUACAGGACCGAAAGAUCUGCAGGCAGGAGGGAAGAGCGUCGCCUGGCCACCGCAGCACCCCGGACACGGACCUGGAGGUUCAGCAAGUGGUGGGGCGUCUGGCAUCGCCGGUGCGGGGCGUGAGUCGCAGAGAGGGAGCGCAUGGCUCGUUGCAGAGUUCCCAGAGUAGCAGAGAGGUUCAGGGGGAGAGCAGGACGGCGUACGGGUCACACUCUGCCAACCAGCUGGAACCUCGAGCUUCGCUUCAUCCUCAGCAGACAGCACAACCUGGUCAUGCGGUGAUCCUGCCGAACGGGCAGCCGGUUCUCAUGCCCCUGGACUAUCAUCAUCAUCCUCAAGCUCAGCCUAACAACGACAUCACAGCUGAAACCGUGCAACACAAAAUCUCAGACGUCGCAGGCGUAGCUGAGCGUGUGGUGGCGGUGGAGCUUCCCGCCGCGCCCGCCAUCUCUGCCGUGCCUCCACCUUCACACUUCACCAAGGGUGCAAUCAUUCAGUUAGCGACGGGUGAACUGAAGCGCGUGGAGGAUCUGCAGACGCAGGACUUCGUACGCAGCGCCGAAGCGAGCACGGGGCUAAAGAUCGACUCGAGCAUGGUGGUGGACAUCCGUCCUAGCACGCAGAGGCCCGGCCUGAUCGCGCUACGCUUUGCUGUCGGCGAGUGCCAGAGCAAAGUGAGCAUCGAUGUUCCUCCUGAACAUCCGUUCUUCGUCUUUGGUCAGGGCUGGUCGUCCUGCAGCCCGGAGCACACCGCCCAGCUGUACGGCCUCGCCUGCCACCACCUCCAAGUGGGUGACGUCUGCGUGUCCAUCACCCUUCAGCAACAUUCGCCGGCCCACCAAAAGCCGCCCUCGGUUUCCCAGCAGCCGCAGCAACCGACACACAGCAGGACUUCCACCAAAGCCAACUCGAUGUCAGGAGCCUCCUCCAGCCAGCCUAUGGGACCUCCGGCGCCCCAGAACCCACGGUCUCUGGGUCAGAUCAGGAUGGAGCGUGUUCAGAGAGAGAGGGCUGACAAGGAUGAGCCCUUUAAGCUGAGCACCUCGGGACAUGGGGACGUGCCCGCUAGACCCGACAGGACUUCGGCGGAGCACACGCGCAGCCAGAGCAGUUAUUAUUUGCACACUGAGGCCCAUGGGACCUCACAGAGGCGUUGGUCCACCCCCGGUUUCCAAAGAUACCCCGUCAAGAGGGAGGAGGGAGGCCUAGCCGUGCCGCCGGGCUCCUCUCGGCCCUCGUUCAUCCCUCAGGAGGUCAAACUAUCUAUCGAGGGGCGCUCCAACGCAGGGAAGUAGCAGCAGAUGCAGGACGCAGUGGCAAGAGGGGAGGAAAGUGUCAGAAUUGCGUGGGAGAUGUGAGGAGAGAGAGAAUGUAGCCUAAGAAUGUGUUUUUGUUUUGUUUCGUUGAGAUUUUGCACACAAAAGAUUUUACACACACACACACACACACAGAUAUACUGACUCACACACUCCCUUGUUUUUAGGCAGCCCGUGAGCACUCGGGACGAGUUAGUGCCAGUUUGUUACGAUGGCGAGACCACAGACCAUCUGGACUUACUGCUCCAGCUGGUAAAUGAUCUACCAAAGCCUUUUCACGCUCUGUAACUCACUCAUAGGUGAAAUAUCAUUAGUUUCAACGUUCACAGCUCUUUGAAUUAACGUGUAUCGAAGGACGUGACGGGAGGAAAACCUGGAUACAGCCAUAGGAUAUUCAGAAUUAUGCCUGUUUUCCUCCUUGCAUAUGAAUAUAAAUAUAUAUAUAGAGACAUUAAAUCUACCCUGUACUUGAUAGAUAGUUUGGACUACCUAAAGGAAAGGCUCUCUCUCUCUCGCUCUCUUUCUCUCUCUCUAAUUUCUCUCUCCCUCUCUCUCUCUCUCUCUUUCUUUCGCUCUCUCUGUCUCUUUCUGUCUCUUUCUCUCUCUCUAAUUUCUCUCUCUCUCUCAUAUCUUGACUUUCGUUUUCGUUCUCACGUCAUCAACCCCUUCUUCUUUUUUCGUUUGUAGCUCGAGAACGAUCACUUAUUCCUGAAUCAAUCAGACCAUUAACAAUCAACAUUCAGAACAAAAGGCAUCUCGCUCACGUUUACACCGUCCACAGUUUCGUGCUCUACCUGUGCCACGUGUAUUAUUUUUUCCCCUAAGUUUGUACUAAGAUAUCAAAGUUUAUGACUCGUUCCGGUGUACGGAGACAGAAAGCGUUUGUUUUCGGCCAAAAUCGUCGCUGUUUAAUAAGAAAAAAGAAAAGAAAAAGGUGGCGCAGGUUGUAGCUGCUGGAGACGGAUCUGGAAAAAGAAAGGACGAUUGCUUUGAAGUGAAAAUCACUGCUGAUGGGUUGUAAAAACAAAAGCUUGAUUAUUUUCAUUCCUCGUGGGGUUUUUUCUUCCUCUCAACUUCCUGUAAUGAUACAACAGUCAUGAACCUACCCCAUUUUCCCCUCUUCCUUUUUCGUAGCAAUGCACCAUGUUAUUUUUAUUUUCUUAUGACUCUUUACCAGCGUGGGUUUCAACCAGGACACGUACGUGACCUUUUGUUUUGGAACGACACGCUCAUUAUCUCAUUCUCUCUCUCUCUUCCCUUCCUUUUAUCCUUCUUCUCUUCGCGUUUUUUUUUUUUUUAGAAAUUCUUGCUUCACAUUAUCUUUCUCUCUCUCUCUCCCCCCUCUCCCUCCUUCUCUCUCUCUCUCUCUCUCCCUCUCUCUCUCUCUCUCUCUCGCUCUCUCUCUCUCUCAGGGCGUUUCGUUCGUUCCUCCUCUCCUCCUUGUCCCCAACGAUAUUUUUGUACGAUGUAGGAUUUCUUCCUCUGCAAUAUUCCUCCUGAAGACUCUCCUCGUCACACGUGGUCAAUCAGGGCCGAGCGACGUGACGUGCUUCGAUACAGACGAUUAAAAUCGGUUAGUUUCCACAAAAAGAACUGAGUUUAUAAUCAAUGUUAACGAUUUACUUUAAGUUCAUGCAAGCGUCUUUACCGUCACGUGGUCCGGCCCUGCGGUCGGGCGCGCGCCUGAUCGACGCCGACCUCUUUAAUCGGAUUGUUUUGUUUUUUGUUUUGUAUGAAGUUAAAGCUUUCAUUUAUUCAGAUUUGAUUUCUUUGUGAGAAACUGACAGGCGACACUGUUCCACACUGUUUACAAAUUAGCCCCGAAG